AUGAAGUUGUACCUGUCAAAGAAGUGGGCUAUCGGAUGGUUAGUGAAUACCGAGCUGGAUCGUUGGAUAUCGACUGGUGCUCGCGCCCGCUGCCCCAUCAGGGGUCGUUCCGGGUUCUUUGCCAAACCGUCGACAGCCGCAUUAGCAGACGUUUUUCGGGGUCGCCUAGAAAUCCCGAUCGCUGAGCUAGCGGAGUUCAGAAGGUUUACAUCGUCGCGUAGCUAA